UCAGACAGGAAAACACCUUCGGCUUCCUCAGCAUCGAGCACAUGAUCUGCAGCUACACACCAGAUCAAACCCAGGGCCUGGAGGACGUAUCCUGGGGGUUCAACCUAGUCUGAAGACCCCUGAAGAGGACAGAACAGGAGCCAGACGGUGAAGCUGAAUGUGUCCAGACCACAAUCACAGCAGCCGGUUCAGCUGAGCACUGAAGCUCCUCACGAUGUCGUCCUCCAACCGGAGCGCCGGAGAGGCGUGCAUCGUCAACAACCACAUGGGCCCCUUCACUGUCCUGUACAUCCUCAUCCUCAUCGUGGGUCUCCCUGGAAACCUGCUGUCAUUGUGGGCCUUCAUCCGCUGCCGCAGACCUCAGAAACAGAGCGCCAGCGUCUACCUGGUCAACUUGCUGGUGGCCGACAUCCUGCUGCUGAUCGCUCUGCCCUUUAAGAUCCUGAAGGACCUGGGAGCGGCGCCGUGGAACCUCAUGGUGUUCCACUGCCAGGCCAGCGCCGUCACCAUCUACAUCAGCUUGUACGCAUCCAUCACAUUCCUCGCCUUCAUCAUCACCGACCGCUACCUGCAGGACCACCAGACUGUGCGCUCGCUGCAGCUUCAGGAGGCCAGCUUCGCAUGGCUGCUGUCGAUAGUCGUCUGGAUGCUGCUGCUGCUCAUCAUGGUGCCCAACAUGGCUCUGCCCAUCAAGCAGAUCAAGGUGCAACAAUAUCUCAGCUGUUCCUCUCUGAAGAUGGGCAUCAGCCUACACUGGCACGCCCUGACCAUCUUCCUCUGCACGGCGCUGUUCCUCAACACCUCCGCCGCCGUCCUCAUCUCCAGCAGUCUGGCUCUCAAAGGACUCCUGCGCAGUCGCAGUGACCCCAAACUCUGGGUGGAUGCCAAGCGAGUGGUGGUGAGCGUGUCGGCCAUGGCGCUGGCCUACAUACUCAGCUUCAUCCCCUACCACACGGUGCGGACGCCGUACACGCUGGCCCAGACCAAGGUCAUCACGGACUGCCAAACCAAAAAGGAACUGUUUCUGGGGAAGGAGUCGACGUUGUUGCUGAGCGUGCUGCACGUCUGCUUCGACCCACUGCUGUUCUUCCACCUUGACGCUCCGUUCAGGGAGAUAAUCAGGAAGAUGUUCCUCUGCAGGGGGAGGCAGGCCGACAGUGCUGUAGGGGAACAGGCUGCAGAGGAAAUCAUGCUGCAGACAACUUGUGCAAAGCAGGAUGCUGCGGUCUGACCACAGAUCCACUGAGUGAGAGAUGUUGUAGACUGUUUAUGGGUUAGCACUAAUGCUAACAGAGACUGUAAGCCUAAAAAAACCUAACAACCUCAAGUAUGGACAAAAAUCUGCUUUUGUGCUGACAGAUUUCUUUAUGCUUUUAAGAUGAUAAAAUGAUCCUCUAUGCACAAAAUAAAUGAAUUUUUUUUAA